GGAGGCGGGUCCCCGGCCAGAUGUGCACGGCCCGCCCCUCCGGCCCCUGCGCGCCUGGCCCAGCAGCCGGAGAGGGGCCGCCACCGCCUGCUGGGCCCGCGCCGGGGAGCAGCGGAGGCCCCGAGCGGCCGAGGAGAGCAGAGGCGACCUGCCCGCAGCGCGCCGGGGCCCGCGCCCUCCCGAGGGGCCGCAGGAGGAGCGGUGGACGGAGGCCCCGCGCGAAGAUGCCGUGGCCCUGGGCCCUGGCGCUCCUGCUGCUCUUCCCCUGGGUGGCAGGUGGAUUGGGGAACGCAGCCAGUGCAAAGGAUCAUGGGCGCUCGACGUCCACACUGCAGCCUGGGCUCUGUCGCUAUGGGACUAAGCUGGCCUGCUGCUACGGCUGGAGAAGGAUCAGUGAGGGAGCCUGUGAAGCCUCGUGUGAAGCUGGAUGCAAGUUCGGGGAGUGCGUGGGACCAAACAAAUGUAGAUGCUUUCCAGGAUAUGCCGGGAAGACAUGCAGUCAAGAUGUGAAUGAGUGUGGACUAAAACCCCGGCCGUGCCAGCACAGAUGUGUGAAUACACACGGGAGCUACAGGUGCUUUUGCCUGAGCGGCCACAUGCUCAUGCCGGAUGCCACGUGUGCAAGCUCCAGGACGUGUGCCAUGACGAAUUGUCAGUACAGCUGCGAAGACACGGAGGCGGGGCCUCGCUGUCUGUGUCCGUCCUCGGGACUACGCCUGGCGCCAAAUGGAAGAGUUUGUAUAGAUAUCGAUGAAUGUGCCUCUGGUAGAGCCAUCUGUCCUUACAAUCGAAGAUGCGUGAACACAUUUGGAAGCUACUACUGCAGAUGUCACGUUGGUCUCGAACUGAAAUAUGUCCGUGGCCGCUAUGACUGUGUAGAUGUAAAUGAAUGUGCUGGGACUACCCAUCCGUGCAGCCUCUAUGCCAACUGCCUCAACACCCAAGGAUCCUUCAAGUGUAAAUGCAAGCAGGGAUACAGAGGCAACGGACUUCAGUGUUCCGUUAUCCCUGAAAAUUCUGUGAAGGAAAUCCUCAGAGCACGUGGUAGCAUCAAAGACAGAAUCAAGAAGCUGCUGGCUCACAAAAACAGCCUGAAAAAGAAGACAAAAAUAAAAAAUGUCAUCACAGAACCUUUUGGAACUCCUGCCUCUAAGGUUUAUGUGCAGCCCCUCCACUCUGAAGAGAGUGUUUCCAGAGGUAGGAACGUGGAUGGAGGAAGAAAACGAAAUGAAGAGAGAAAGAAAGAGGGGCUCGAGGAGAAGAAAAGAAAGGAGAAGGCCCUGAAGAACCACGUGGAGCGGGAGCAAAGCCUUCAAGGAGGCAUGUUUUACCCUAAGGUCAACGCAGCUGGUGAAUUGGGUGUGGUUCUGGUCCAAAGAAAAGCUGUCCCAUCCAGACUGGAACACAAAGCAGAUUUAAAUAUCUCAGUUGAUUGCAGCUUUGACCAUGGGGUCUGUGACUGGAAACAGGAUAUAGAAGAUGACUUUGACUGGAAUCCUGCUGAUCGAGAUAAUGCUGUUGGCUACUAUAUGGCAGUUCCGGCCCUGACAGGCCACAAGAAGGACAUCGGCCGCCUGCAGCUCCUGCUCCCGGACCUGCAGCUGCAAAGCAACUUCUGUUUGCUCUUUGAUUACCGGCUGGCCGGAGACAAAGUAGGGAAGCUUCGAGUGUUUGUGAAAAACAGUAACAACGCCCUGGCAUGGGAGGAGACCAGGAGUAAAGAUGAAAGGUGGAAGACCGGGAAAAUUCAGUUGAAGCAAGGGAGUGGCGCUACCAAAAGUAUCAUUUUUGAAGCAGAACGUGGCAAGGGCAAAGCCGGAGAGAUUGCGGUGGACGGCGUCUUGCUGGUUUCAGGCUUAUGUCCAGAUGGCCUCUUAUCUGUGAACGGCUGAAUGUGACUGUGGUCUUUGGUAUCUUUAUAUUCGGCUUUUGAUGUCUGGUCUCUGUUUUCUGAUAUUACAUCACCGAUUCCCCCACUUUAGAAAUACAGACUGAAAAACUGUAAUGUGCCAACAGUCACAUUAUUGUCACAUGCCUUUCUUGGAUAAGACGUGCCAAGAGUUGCUUUAAAUAUAGUACCACUGUGUUUGUUGGUUUCACUUUUCUGGCACGUCUUGGAAACUGUGACGUCGCAGCGAGAGCUUUACCUGAGUGGCCUAGCCUGAUGCUUUAUAGCCAAGCUUGUAUAUUUAAAUGCUUUGUAAUAAUAUUCAAAUAAUCACCUCCUGUCGUGGUUUAGGUCUUCCUAAGUAAGAAAAUGAGCUUUUGACGUU